GUUUUCUUAGUUUAAGUGAUCCAAAUCUUGAUGUACCUGGUAAUGCCGCUCUCAAAGAUCAACUGCUGGCUCUAAAAUGGAUAAAAAAGAAUAUUCACUACUUCGGUGGCAAUUGCAAUAACAUCACACUUUUGGGUGAAAGCGCAGGCGCCACAUGUGUACACUUUUUGUCGUUGACCGAACAGUCGCGUGAUCUUUUUCAGCGGGCAAUUCUGAUGUCCGGCUCCGCUCUCUGCCCUUGGGCUUUAAUGACUCGAAGAGAUUUGGCUUACCAAUUGGCUGUUCGCCAUGGCUAUAAGGGUGAAAAUAAAGACAGUGAUGUGCUUGCGUAUUUGGAAAAUUUAGAUGCAGGGAAAUUAGUUGAGCAUUCAUUGGUCAACGAUGAUGAAAGUCGUUAUUUUCUACCGCUCACCUUUGCUCCGACAGUAGAACCUUAUGAAUCCGAUAAUUGCAUAAUUCCUAACGAANUCUGA